GGUUCCAAGUCCAUUCCACAUUAGGUUAAGGCGGUGAAUAGGUGCGGUGGCUUUGCUUUGGAAUCCAAAAGCCAGUGGAAAACAAUUGAUCGCAAAACACACACAUACAUCGGUGCGGUGAGAUGGAAGAAGAAGAAGCUGUUCCGGUUGAAGCAGAAGCAGAGAACUCCAGUGGCUCCGGUGCGGUGAGUCGGGCACGGAAGCUGCUGUUUCGGCGAAUGCUGGUGGGGAUCAAAGACGGAAGGUUCUUUCUGGGCUCCUUCUAUUGCAUCGACAAACAAGGCAACAUCAUUCUCCAAGACGCCAUCGAGUAUCGCAGCACGCGCCAAUCCUCGCCUUCUCCCAUGGAACAGAGGUGUCUCGGUCUUAUUCUCAUUCCCUCCUCUUGUCGCACCUCUUGUCACGUCGAUUCCUCUAUCCACGAACACUUCUCUCUCCUCUCGCUUCAUCCAGCACCACCGAGUUAGCUAGGGUCUCCUAUGUAUCGAUUGUGAGUGCCUCUUCAAUUGUUCAUGUUUCGUUAUUGAAACGAAAAAGAGUGUAUUCGUGCUACUAUGUUCAUGUUUUUGUAUAUUUUGAGAUGCUAAAUAUUCUAUCAGAUGUGAUGUGAGCGAGGAACAGGUGAAUUUCUUUUGUUAAAUUGCGGUUGUGGUAGUAGUUUGUAUUGCUUGAUAUUGCGGAAAACGUAGUUGAUGUAUACAUCUCAAACACAAUCAUGGUUACAUUGCAGAUGCAAUUACUUCAUAAAUCUUGAUACUGUAA